GCGCAUGCCCAGAACUCAAAUUCCCGACGUUGGCGGCCUACAGAAAGGUUGUACUGUGUGUCUCGACAGUUUGUAGUCGGUUUUGUGCGACAUGGCGCGGUAUUUGAGACCUCCAAACACUUCUCUUUUCAUCAGGAAUAUUUCUGAUGAAAGCAGGCCAGAGGAUUUGCGUCGUGAGUUCGGUCGUUACGGCCCUAUUGUAGAUGUCUACAUUCCCGUUGACUUCUAUUCCCGUCGGCCAAGAGGAUUUGCAUACAUUCAAUUCGAGGAUGUCCGUGAUGCAGAAGACGCGCUUCACAACCUGGACCGGAAAUGGGUCUGCGGACGGCAGAUUGAGAUCCAGUUCGCCCAAGGAGACAGGAAAACCCCAACUCAGAUGAGGUCCAAAGAAAGGCGAUCUCCUCGCAGCUUCUCCAGAUACGACGAUUAUGAGCGCGAUGGCCGUGGCCGGCGCUCUCGGAGUCGCAGCUAUGACCGACGUCGCUCUCGCAGCCAAUCAUACGAGCGCAGACCUCGUCGCUCCGAUAGUCCCAGAGACUCCCGCUCUUAUGGCAGACACAGGCGAAGCCGAAGCCGUGACAAUGACAGGUCAAGGCAGAGACGAGAUCACGGUCGAGGGCACCGUGGCGCUCCUUCUCGCAGCCGCUCGGGUUCACGUUCCCCCUCCCCUGACUCCAGGAUCAAGAUGAAAAGUCGGAAGUCCCGUUCCGCGUCCCGUUCGCCUCAUCCAGCUGCAGGCAAGGAACCGCCACAAUCCAGUGGUGCACAAGAGGACGAGGACGCUCGCCCAAGAUCAGCUUCUCGCUCCUGCUCUCGCUCAGCCUCACGUUCUCGGUCACGCUCGCGUUCACGCUCCAGAUCCUGGGCCGGACACAAAUCCGGAGGCCAUUAGGACUGUCUGUGUGAGGAGUUGUUUAAUACUGUAACUUAUGCAGCUCCCUGGCAAACUGAUCAUGUAAAGGCCAUAUUUUUUGGUUAGUUUACAUUUUUGCAGGUUUGCUUGGGAAAAACAUGAUUCUUGUCUCCUGCUCAGCAGUAGAUUUCAGGAUCAGUGGAUGUUUGUGAUUUGAUAAACACCACCCUGCAUUGGUAUUACUGAUUAUUAAUCAAAUGUAAAGCAGUGGGAUUUUUUUUUUAAUUGCUUGUUUUGUUUUCAUUUUUUGUGAUUUAGCUAAAAGGCUGGUGGUACAUGCCUUUUGAUCAAAAAAGGUGCAGGUGAAUUAAUGCUCGUAUUUUGUUUAGACAUCUAGUUAGCAGCAGAAUCAUUGUAGAGUGCAGUAUUUUCAGUGUUUUAUUUCCUGUAACGGAUAACGAACGGUUUCGGUUUGUACAGAUCUGAUUUUAAUCCAUCAUCUUCUCCAACAUACAUUAAAGCUCUCGUAGAAACUGUUGUCUUCCAGGAGAUUACACAUUAAUGCCACCACUUUUUUUUUUUUUUUUUACAAAUGUUUGGUAAAUGUGUUCUUGUUUUCCUUGUUCUAUCCUGUUGCUGAUCUUACAGCAACGUUUUACUCUUCAUGCUAAAGAUGGAUCAGAGGAGAGAGAGCUCCUGUAUGUGAAUAAAAACAUACCCUUUUGUUGUUUAAAACGGUUUGUGUGACUGAUUAGUCGAUUACCAACCGGUCAUUUAUAUAUUAAUGCUGUAUUCUGAGCUGAUGGUCUUCAUCUGUCCUCAAAUAUUCAUACUGAUGUAUAACAAGCAUUUAAAAUAUGAAUGUACACAGACUGCAGGGAGAAAGAGACACGUGCGAGAUUCACCUUAUUUACUGAAUGUCAUCACAAACCCUGACUGUUGAUUCAUCUGGAGUUGAACCUAGAACUUCUCUUUACUGACAUGCGCCUAGAUGUUUUCACACAAUGUUUGGGUUGGGAAAAAAAUUUAUUAGCUAGCUUCUUCUGUGGAAGUGAAGAAAAACAUACUACGUUUUGGAAAGCUCUGACUGAAUUUCCUAUUUUUAAUGAAGCAAAUUAAUUCGGACAUCUUUGCUGCAUGUACCUGAUGUUCCUGAUUCUGAUAUAAGGAUUUUCAUUCUCUGCUUAGUGUCUUAAGAGCCAGGACACAAUAUCCACUUGUCCCAAAUCAACCAUAUUCUCCAGCCAAAGGUCUGUAAAUCUCCACCAUGGCCACAGGCAGGUGUGUGAUAGACAGCUUAUUUAAUAUAUACAGUAACUUAAGCAUUUGCAUGUUCAUUCAAGCAAGUUUUAUUCUGCUUGGGUGUUAAAGUGAAAUCUAGCUCUUGGUUUAAAAAAAAAAAAAAAGUGCAAUAAAUGCUGUGAUUAAAGCGCAUGAGCCUGAAAACGAAAAAUUCAGAACAGACGAAGUUACCGUGUAAAAAUUUACAUGCAUUUUCACUCCAUUCUGAUUUCAAUAUAUUCAAUGUCAAUAAAACACCCAAAUCUCUCAAAGAACCUGUUCAAGUCCGUAUUUAAGUACAUAAAGUGAUCAAAAGAUGAAUUAAUGGUUUGCAUCCAAGUUUAUUUUGAAAUUCCCUACGCCCCCUAUACAAGAAAACUGACUUUUUUCCACAAAGGCAGCAGUGAAACUCUCAGUCGUAAUGUUUAUGUUCAGGGCAAUGAAGAAAGGGGAAAACAAAUUCAUAAUCACAGUGAAAUCUUUCUUUUUCUUUAAAUACAUCUGCUGUCAUCUUUGGCUGCAGUUCGGCAGACAGUUUGCUGUCGGGCCGUUUUUUUUUUUUUUCCUGGGGGAGUUACAGUUCAAGCCAAUGGAGCCAAUGCAGGAAUGUACGUUUACUCGGAAAACAAAU